AUGGCGGAGGAAAGCCAUUCCAACGGCAUGAAGAAGGAAAAUGAAGACUCAAAAGAAGAGAAAUCCUCGCUUAAAGAGAAAUCUGGAAAUAGAAAGGGAAGCAGAUUCCAUCCUUAUGGAAAAGAUAAGGGUUCUGGGGAGAAAAAGGGUCAGAGCCGGAAUAGGGUGUUCAUCAGCAAUAUUCCAUAUGAUAUGAAAUGGCAAGCCAUUAAAGACCUUAUGAGGGAGAAAGUUGGUGAGGUUACAUACGUGGAGCUCUUUAAGGAUGCUGAAGGAAAAUCAAGGGUAAGUGCCUGUGGUGGAGUUUAAAGAUAUGGAAUUUGUACAGAAGGCAUUGGAUGUAAUGAAUAAGCAUGAUCUAAAUGGAAGACCCCUUAACAUCAAGGCGGACCCAGAUGGAGAGCAUGCACGAAGGGUUCUGCAGCGUAGUGGGGGCCAGUUCCCUGGUGGCCAUAACAGUGAUAUGGGCCCUGCAAUUGUCAACCUCCCACCUUCAAUUCUCAAUAACCCCAACAUCCCACCAGAGAUCAUCACUGCUUUAAGAGCUGGGCGACUUGGAACAACAGUCUUUGUUGCUAAUCUGGACUUUAAAGUUGGAUGGAAGAAACUGAAAGAAGUGUUUAGCAUUGCUGGAAAUGUGAAGAGAGCAGACAUUAAGGAAGAUAAAGAUGGAAAAAGUCGUGGAAUGGGAACGGUUACCUUUGAUCAAUCUAUCGAGGCAGUUCAAGCAAUCUCUAUGUUUAAUGGGCAGUUCUUAUUUGAUAGACCGAUGCAUGUGAAAAUGGAUGAUAAAUCUCUCCCCCCAGAUGACUUUCAUGCCUUGGAAAAACCACCUCAGUUACCUCGUGGACUUGGUGGCAUUGGAAUGGGUCUUGGACCAGGUGGACAACCUCUCAAUGCAACACAGAUUGGAAUGGGUAGUGGAAUGGGCAACAUGGGUCCAUCAGGUAUGGAUGGUCCUGGCUUUGGUGGAAUGAGUAGAAUGGGAGGAAGUGGAUUUGGUGGCAUGGAUGGACUAAGUAGCAUGUCAGGGUUUAGUGGAGUGAGCCGAAUGACAGGAAUGGGUGGUGUAGAUGACUUCAGAGGCAGUUUAGGCUCUGGCAUGAGUGGAGGCAUGUCAAGCAGCAUGGCGAGCAUGGGAAGCAUGGCAAGCAGCAUGGGAGACAUGUACAGAGGAGGAAUGGGAAGCAGCAUGGACAGAGAGUUUGGUCGCAGUGAGCUUGGAUUAAGUCGUGGCUUCGGCGAUUCCUUUGGAGGAAUGAGCAGUGCCAUGGUUGGAAGUUUUGGCGGAAUGGGGUCUUCUUCUCUUGGUCCUUUAGGAUCUGGAAUGAGCACUGGAAUGAGCGCUGUAAAUAGCAUGAGUAUGGGCCUUGGCAUGGAAAGAAUGAGCUCCAGCUUUGACCGUAUUGGUGGAGGCUUGGACAGAGCCAUGGAUAUGGAUAGAGGCUUUGGAGGGUUUGGUUCCACCCAGUUGGGAAGCGGUUUAAGAGAACGUGGAAAUAAAGGAUGCCAAAUAUUUGUUAGAAAUCUUCCAUUUGACUUAACAUGGCAGAAAUUGAAAGAAAAAUUUAAUCAGUGUGGUCGAGUAAUGUUUGCUGAGAUUAAAAUGGAGAAUGGAAAAUCUAAAGGCUGUGGAACUGUGAGAUUUGAUUCCCCAGAGACAGCAGAGAAGGCAUGCAGAUUAAUGAAUGGCAUAAAAAUCAAUGGCAGAGAAAUUGACGUCCGCUUAGAUCGCAAUGCGUAA